AUGCCCAAAGCGUCACCUAGAUGGCAGUACUGUCGCCACUUCAAGCAGCUCACCAUACACUGCGAGUUCCCCCCUGAACGCACUUGCACCCCUCCACCUUUGACACAACACAAAGUGUUUUCUCGUGAUGCAGACUCGGCACCGGAAGAAAUUCUAUUGGCGGCUCAGUCACCCGUCCCCGACCUUCUGCCGUUGGGGAUUCCGAAACCGCGAGGAGAGGUCACCCGUAUCAGUUGGGGAGGAUACAAUUUACAGUUGACACUGGGCUGGCCUGUUGCAGAUUAUGACGAAACUCGGUCUUUCGUUGUACACCUCGCCCAUGAAUAUCUCAACAUAAACAAGUCAUGGAAAAGGCAAAACCAAUCACAUUUGCUUGUUGUUUAUUCAGAGGCCGUAAAACGUUAUCCUAUCCUUGAUCGUUACGUCAAUUGUUGGGUUGUCAGCGAUAUGCUCCUACGCGCCAGCCACCCACCUGCGUCGAAUCUUGCAUCCCAAAUCGCCAUCUCAACUCCUGCAGAGACACUGUUCCAGUUUUCUAACCUUGCGUCCCCUCCCAUACUUCAUUCUCCUAUCCCUAUGUCAACUCCACCUCCUGUUGUCACCACCCCUAUUGCCCCAGAUCGGCAUCUCCCUCUUACCGUCCAAUUACCGUCUGAGACACUCGAGCUUGGACGCACAAAUCGCAGGAAUCGUCGGACAUCGACUCGGUCUGAUGCAGCGCCCUCCCGCAGGGAAAGUAGUCGUUCAAGAAGUCCCGACAUGUCUCAUCAUACUCCAUAUCGUUCAAGAAGUCCCUAUACAGCCACUGAACGGCCCACGUCUUCCAUGCCUCUGUCGAACAGUGUGCAACAUGACAUCACGAUGGGCUAUCGUGAGCGUCUAGAUCCGAUGACAGAUAUGAGUACAAGGGACUCCUCUCCGAUUCAAUUGCGAGCUAUCAGUCCCCCCACUCAGAUGAUGAAUGAGAGUACGGAUCCAAUUGCCACGUCCAAACCCCGGGACCCCCAAAUUCACACUCCCGCACUUGUGAGACCUUUGCCCCUGCCUGCUACCAUCGAAGAUCAGCUCGACUGGCUUGUUGCACGGCGUUUUCUCAAAUUGUCUCAAAAUGUGCUGAUGCCAGCUCUGAAGAAUGCUGUCGAUGCCUUGAUCCCUUCAAUCGUCGAACAGUUAUCAGUUGGGUUAUCCAAUGGUCUGAAAGCCCCUCUUCGUUCCCAGCCUCGUUCUACUCGUAAGGGGGAUAUUUCUUCAGAUACACAAUCAAGUGAUGAUGGUGAUGGUCUGAAACCUCACCUUUGGCGCAAGCGCCCCGGCAAGCGAGGCUCAAAGAAUCAUUUACACAUACACCUUUUUUCGUUUCAGAAUCAACUUGUUGCAUUCCACAACUAUCUACAAGCGAAAGGGCUCCUAAAAGGCAAAAAUAACUCGCUGCCCCAAUGUCCUCCAACAGAAACUGUUCAAGCCUUCAACAACGACAACGACUGUUGCCCUACCGUGGACAACCUCUCCAUUGACUGGAGCGACUCGCUGAAGAAAUCGCCUUGGAACACAGAAGUGAUAAAUCUCCUAGCUGUCGAUUUUCGAAUGAAGGUCGAGAACGGCAUGUACGCUGAAGUGGUUUUAAAUGAAGAAACCAUGAACCUCGACAAUUUGCGCCUAUUGUGCAUCGAUAAACUACGUUGUACUCAAACCGAGUAUCGACAGCGCGCACGGCUCAGUAAAUUUUCUAAUCUUGAAGACAGGAAUCGUGCCUCCCAUGAAUUGUCAGCACGAAGCGAGCGAAGGCAAUGCCUAGAUAGGUCUAAUACUCGAAAACAUGGGACACUCCAGAGACGUCGAAAAAUAGUAGAACAAAAUCGCCACUGUAAUCCGGAUACAUGGGACACAAUCAUGCUCAUCGUUAACCGAUUAGAUCUUGAUGGUAUGAGUGGGGAUGAAACCGAUACCCCACUCGGGGUGAUACCGAAGGUUAUGAGGCGAGUUGGCCUUCCCUGGCUCAGUCCUGACAUUACUCGGUUAUUGCAUGCCGUGGAGUCCUUCACGCCAGCUACUUACGAAGAAAAUAUGACUGUCCCUAUUGGGAACUCCUCCCUUCCACGCAUCUUGGAGCAGAAAUGCACAGCUCACAAUUCUAUUGCAAUUCAGAAGCUUCCGCGCAACUGGUAUGAUGACGACUGGUAUAAAGCCAAUUCGAGUAGUGCUCGCGCAUUCCUGGGGGCUCGCAAGCUAUAUAACAUCCCACAUUUGGAGCCCUAUCACUCUCACUCAUAA